ACAUCAACUUCCGGGUCGCGGGGUUAAAAGCUGGAAUGUUUUGGUUUUACAGUCUCCUCAGGUCUCAGUCAGUUUGUUGGACCCAGUCUCAGAGUUCCUCCCGUUAACGGCACCGACAGAUGGACGCUCUGCACCGACACCGGUCCCUUUAUAAAGGAACCACUCCGCCAUGGAAGGAAACUUACCGGAAGCGCUGUGUGGACAGACUGAAGAACAGCCGGUCCAGGCUGCUGGAGAGAUACCGGCAGAUGGGGGACAGUCACCGGGACACCGGCUCCGCGACCUCCAGCAUCGUCCAGGAGGUGAUGGAGGAGGAGUGGAGCGCCCUGCAGUCAGAGGAGCGGAGGCUGCCCGCCCUGUGGGGGCCGGAGGGGAUGGCACAGAUGUUCAGUGUCAUGAAGGAAUAUGAUGAACUGGCCGUACUGGAGGAAAUCCAGCAGGAGCUCAUGUCUCAAGAAAUGUCCAUAAUUGAAGAACUUGAGAGGAACCUGCAGUUUGAGCAGCAGUACAUCUCGUCUGUGGUGGAGGGGAUGGAUGAGAUGCACAUCAUUUGCCCCAUCUGUCACACGAACAAUUUGAACAUCAACAACCUUUUCAUCUCCUGCACCUGUGGACUGUACAUCAACACUAAGAAACAGAACAUCACCCCCGACAUCCUGCGUCACCUCCUGGAGUCCAGAGUGUCGGAGCACAUGGAGGACUGUCUCCAAAACCCCGUGUUCUCUGUAACUCCAAACACAGACAGCUCCCCUAACCUGAUGAUCAGCUGCAAGGUUUGUGACUACCUGUCCAUCGUCCUGUGAGAGCAGAUGCAGCUGACUUUAUUUGAUUUGAUUGUAUGUUUGUUUUGUUAAAUAAAGACUAUUUUAUAUUUAA